UUUGGGGUAAACGCCCCCCCUUCCCACCCACCCAUCCCUAAUCCCUUCCUCGGGGGAAAAAGAGGAGGAGGAGGUGGAGAGCCCCAACCCUCUCGGGAACGAGGCUACCUUUGCCGGGCGGGGAGCCUACGCGAGGCCGGGGAUUUUACGGCCUGCCUGCUCGCUUCUCUCCCUUCUCGGUCUCCGCCGAGAGGGCGCAGGAGGAGCAGUUGCUCUCUCCCACGGCCACCUUCCUCCGGUGAUCCCUCCUUCUCCAUCUCCCCGUCUUCUCCUUGGGGCAAAAAAGGGCCCUGCAACCAGGAGCGAAGCCCAGCCGAGCCGCCGCCAGAGAGAUGAUGGAAGAAUUGCAUAGCCUGGACCCACGACGGCAGGAACUGUUGGAGGCCAGGUUCACUGGAGCUGGCGUUGCAAAGGGGCCCCUGAACAGUGAAUCUUCUAAUCAGAGUUUGUGCAGUGUGGGCUCACUAAGUGACAAGGAGCUGGAAACUCCAGAAAAAAAACAGAAUGACCAGCGCAACAGGAAGAGGAAAGGGGAAUCCUUUGAGACCAACCAAGGCAAAGUCACUCCAAGGGGACAUAAAAUUAGUGAUUAUUUUGAGUUUGCUGGGGGAAGCGGUCCAGGAACAAGUCCUGGAAGAAGCGUGCCACCUGUUGCACGAUCAUCGCCACAGCAUUCCUUAUCAAAUCCUUUACCUCGGCGAAUGGAGCAGCCGCUUUACGGGGUAGACAACAGCGCAGCCAAGGAACUGCAGGAGGAUCACUCUGCUCUGCCAACGCUGGUGUCGGCGAUGCUGGCGAAACAGCGGCUAGAGGGCGAGCAGCUGGCCCAGAGGGGUGCAAGCCUCUGUUUUCCAUUUUCUUCGGCCCAGCAAAGUAGUCCUUCUUCAACGGGUUCAGGGAACACAGAGCAUUCCUGCACCUCCCAAAAACAGAUUUCCGUCCAGCAUAAACAGACACAGUCUGAUCUCACGGUAGAAAAAAUAUCUGCACUAGAAAACAGUAAGAACUCUGACCUGGAGAAGAAAGAAGGCAGGAUAGAUGACCUAUUGAGAGCAAACUGUGACUUAAGGCGACAGAUAGAUGAACAACAGAAAAUGCUUGAGAAGUACAAAGAACGGUUGAAUAGAUGUGUGACAAUGAGCAAGAAGCUUCUUAUAGAAAAGUCAAAGCAGGAAAAGAUGGCAUGUCGAGAUAAGAGUAUGCAGGAUCGGCUGAGACUGGGCCACUUUGCUACAGUGCGGCACGGAGCGUCUUACACUGAGCAGUGGACAGAUGGCUACGCUUUCCAGAACCUUAUCAAGCAACAAGAGAGGAUAAAUUCCCAAAGGGAAGAGAUAGAAAGGCAACGGAAAAUGUUAGCAAAGCGGAAGCCACCUGCCAUGGGGCAAGCCCCUCCAGCAACCAAUGAGCAGAAGCAGCGUAAAAACAAGACAAAUGGGGCGGAAAAUGAAACGUUAACGUUAGCAGAAUAUCAUGAACAGGAGGAAAUCUUCAAACUCCGGCUAGGACAUCUUAAAAAGGAAGAAGCAGAGAUCCAGGCAGAACUGGAGCGGUUAGAGAGGGUUAGAAAUCUACAUAUCAGGGAAUUGAAAAGGAUACAUAAUGAAGAUAAUUCACAAUUUAAAGACCACCCAACACUAAAUGACAGGUACUUGUUGCUACAUCUCCUGGGCAGAGGCGGAUUUAGUGAGGUAUAUAAGGCAUUUGAUUUAACGGAACAGAGAUAUGUAGCAGUAAAAAUCCAUCAGUUAAAUAAAAACUGGAGGGAUGAGAAGAAAGAGAACUACCACAAGCAUGCAUGUAGAGAAUACAGAAUCCAUAAAGAGCUGGAUCAUCCUCGUAUAGUUAAGCUGUAUGACUAUUUCUCGCUGGACACUGACUCGUUUUGUACAGUGUUAGAAUACUGUGAGGGGAACGAUCUGGACUUCUACCUGAAACAGCACAAAUUAAUGACUGAGAAGGAAGCCCGGUCUAUUAUCAUGCAGAUUGUGAAUGCAUUAAAAUAUUUAAAUGAAAUCAAGCCACCCAUUAUUCACUACGAUCUCAAGCCAGGUAACAUCCUCUUGGUAAAUGGUACUGCAUGCGGCGAGAUUAAGAUCACCGACUUUGGCCUCUCAAAGAUCAUGGAUGAUGACAGUUAUAAUUCAGUCGAUGGCAUGGAGCUGACAUCGCAAGGGGCUGGCACUUACUGGUAUUUACCACCUGAGUGUUUUGUGGUUGGGAAAGAACCUCCAAAGAUUUCAAAUAAAGUUGACGUCUGGUCAGUGGGAGUAAUAUUCUACCAGUGCCUCUACGGCAGAAAGCCUUUUGGCCACAACCAGUCUCAACAAGAUAUUCUGCAGGAGAACACAAUUCUGAAAGCAACAGAGGUGCAAUUUCCUCCAAAGCCAGUGGUAACGCCAGAAGCAAAGGCAUUUAUCAGGCGCUGCCUGGCCUACCGGAAGGAAGAUCGAAUAGAUGUCCAGCAGUUAGCAUGUGACCCCUACUUGCUCCCUCACAUCCGCAAAUCUGUAUCAACAAGUAGCCCGGCUGCGGCUGCCAUUGCCUCAACCUCUGGAUCCUCUAAUAACAGCUCUUCAAACUGAGCAGGAACAAUAGGCCAAAAAGAUACAUAUAACCGGAACUGCAGAAAGAAAACCGAGAGAGAGUCAGAGACGUUUUGAGAAGCAGCCUUCGGGAUUGGCAAGGAAUCCACAAAACGGCCUCCAGAAACCGGUAUCGGGUGCUUUGUUUUCCUCUUGCGCUCUUGUCCCAUCCGUAGAGCAAGGCAUCAUUGAUUCUCGGGCAAGGUUCUAUGGCGACUUAAGUCCAACUUAAGUGGCCAAGGAAGAGGAGAUUGAUUGGUCUCGUGCUGAGCAACGGCAAAGGCACUCACCGCUCUGGGCAGCAGAGAGAAAAGAUGGCUCCAUGUACUGUGAACUUCCAAACACCACGGACCCCGGGUGCGGUUCCAAAAUGCAGGGUGCACACACACUGUGUGGAGAAUUGCGGACUUGGCAGCAGGGUAAAGAGGCUGGACUUGGUCCACUGUCAAUAUUUAAAAAUAUGUUCCUCUUUUUUAAAAAAACAAAACAAAAAACGAAAUAAAGUUUAGGCUACAUCUCAUUUGGGGGAAGGGGGGGGACCCCACAGAGCUCAAUGCUGUGAGGUUCUAUUGAGGGAUCGGCAUUGGACUCUUGUGGCCUUUGCAAGGGAGCCAAGUAUCCUGCCUGUCGAUAGCACCAGCAUUAGCAUGUCAUCUCAAAUAAUUUCAGUUUUAAAAUAACAACUUUUAUUGGGGGGUUUUUGGUUGUAAGAUGAAAAAACUAGCAGGUCAAUGUGGCAGCCCCCUCUCCCUUUUUUUUAGAUUGGCCUCAUAAGCUGUGAAGGAGGAGUACAAUGUAAUGCAGAGGGUGCGUUACAGCUAUGAACAUAGGUUUCUGUCGUCGCUCCAGCCCCCCAGAAAACUGCUUUUUGGCAGGUACUUGACGGUUAUCCCCCUUCAGAAGAAAACUAAGUGUUUCUAAUUUUUUAUUUUUAUUUUCAAAUGUUUUCCUCGUGUGGUGUUCGGAUCCAUUCACUAAAGUCUCUUUUGGGUGAUGGCAUUCUCUUUUAACACACACAAGGAUGACAGAACUCUAGACAGAUUACCUGCCUUCCCCUCUUUCUCCCUCCUUUAUUUUCAUUUUUUAAAAAAUCUUUCUGUACUGUCUCAGAAGCAUCAGCUACAUUAACACCCCAAAAGGACACUUAUCCUGAAGAACAGCUAGAUUUUUUAAAAAUAUCUUAAACUUUGUGUUUCAGUUUCUUUAUCAGAGUUUUGAGUUUGCUUUUUUCCCUUUCUUUUUUUUUUACAUUACUGCUCUUGGUCCUUGACACUCUUCCCACCCCCCACCCCACUUUUUAAGAAAGACAUGUAAACCAAAGAAGAAUCCAGUUGCUUGAAUCUUGUGGCAGAAUGCUACUCCUGCACGUGGCCAAAAUGUUGUUUGCGGAAAACCUUGAAAGCCGUACUGUAUGGUCAGGUACCCUGGGCAGGACUUCGAUUCUGCACCCACAAGUGAUGAUUCUCAACCCUCCCUCCUCAGCUUCCUGCAGAUUGGGGUGCAAGGGGCGAGGCGAGGGGGACCAAGCCAUAUUGAGAUUUAGGGGACUUGCUUGGGAGCUGAGCUGGGAAGUGGAGGCUGCAUGUGUGUUCAUCUCUAGCUACUCCUGCAGAUCAGGUGGAAAGGACCUGGGUGGGCGAGUGUAGGUGGGUGUAGCUGUCUUGUGUUUGCCUCACCCUCCUUUAUUCCCCCAACGGCUUAAUCACCAGGAUAGAAAAGGUACCAUUUGACCAGAAGGCGAGCCUGUGCCUCUGUUUAAAUGGCAUUAAAUAAAGUUGCAAAGGGAAGUGAGGAAAUGUGAUGUGUCAUCAUUACAAAUGAAGGUCCUGCAAAAAGGCUCUUGAGAUAUGCUUUUUUAAAGAAAGAAAGAAAGAAAGAAAGAAAGAAAGAAAGAAAGAAAGAAAGAAAGAAAGAAAGAAAGAAAAUCUCACCCCAAACAGGUGCCAUGAGUCCACCUUUGGGGACAGAAGGGUUUUCCUCAUUUUUUCCUGAGAAGUGAGGGUGUAGCUUUUUUUAGUUCCUCUGGUGGAACAACUGAUAUUUGGACUCCUUCUACUGGGCAUAAACUAAGUGAAAUCUAGGGCCAGAGGGAAAAGCGAGCAUAUCAUUUAGGCUAUUGUUAAGGCUUCUGGUAAAGUUUACACACAGACACACACAAACAAACACCCCACCCCACAAUUUGCCUCUGAGCAUGAGAAUAAAACACACACAACCAAUUAUUUUGUCUUUUCUUCCCCACCCCAACCUCCUUUUCUUGUCCUAGGAGAAAACCAGGUCUUACAUUAAUUCCAUUUAGGGUUUUUCUAGUCCAUGGUUACUCGUCAUUUGUUCACCAAAACGCAGCUUGGGGCUAUGUGUGAGCUGGCAAAAUGCAGGAACUGGUGUCUUGGCUGCCACAGCAGAAUACAGCUGCUGUCUGCUUGCUGAGCCCUUGUCUAACCCUGUAUGGGGUUGGGCUCAUGUUAUAUUUCUGCAGCUAAAUUCAAGACUUGAAGCAUGCUGUCCUGGAAAGCGCUCAGUCCUGGCAUUUUAUCCUCCCAAUUGCCAUUCUUGGAAUUUAGCCCAAAGCAAGUUUUCACUUCAGGCAGGUUAAAACUUGGAUUUACCAGCUUGUGAUGGAGCUGAUUAUUGAUCACUCUUGGAGAGAACCCUGUCCCAAGUGAGACUUAAAAAGAAGUUUUAAAAUUUUGUUUUCUAAAAGCCCAACCUGCCUUUGAGCCAUAAAUUGUAUUUCUUUCCCUUUCUCCACCCACCCACCCCAAUUUACAUAGUGACUGUCAGAUGUUUCAGUCACUAUUGGUUGUGGCUGGGUAGGAGCCUCCAUCUUUUCCUGGUGUUCAUCACAGAAGCAGGAUAGAUCUCUGGAUGGAAAAUGCAGACUGUGACUUUCCCUUUUCUCUCCCCCCCCCCUUUUUAAAGCUGUUGCUGAAAUGGGUUUUAUUUCAGGUAACAAAACUUUAUUGCCACACUGUUCAUUUUACUGAGAGGAAAGAGGAAAAGGUGUAUGGAUUUGUAACUUGAAACUAGGCCAGACUGUUUUGGCUUUGCCCAGCAGACAAAAAUAUGGAUAUUAAACAAGUUUUAAGAAACUGAACUUGAUGGUUUGUUGCAUUUGAACUGCUGGUUGGUCCUUAUGCUAUGGGGGCAGAGACAUGUGGCACAACCUGAGGAACCAAAUGCUCAUCACAUUUGUUAGGAUAAUACAGACUGAUCAAACAGCUUAUUAGGUGCCAUAAAAUACUAUUACCCAUCCACAAAGGGAACAAAAAUACUAAAUAGAGUCAUAGUUCUGGCAACACUUUCUGUUGGAUCCGUUGAGUUCAUAAACAGUACUGGGGUGGCAAUUGUCUGAAUAGCACAGGAUUAUUAUUUUUUUAAUCUGAAGUUCAAAAGAGCAAAGCGAAGCUGGGGCUAAAGUUCCAGUAUAAUUUUUUUUGCCUUGCCACAUGACUAAUGAACAGAAUACAUUAUGCAGAUAUAGUUGACAGUGCAUAACUUCAAAAAGUGGUAACGUUAUGUGGAAUCAGGCCUCGUGCAGAUUUCUUCUAUUUUGCCUUGCCAGUGCAGAUUCUUUCCUUUUAUCACUAGAGGGCAGAGUAAUCGCAAAUACAGUACUUUGUGAGAAAUUUGUGACUUGUGAACACUCUUACCAUACCUUGUCCUGCAAGAAAGACAGGUUCCUGCGAGUCCAAAGCACGCACUCACAGGGAAUAUUGUGCACAUAAUUAAUUUAUUCAAUUUUUUUAUUUAAAGCAUUUCUACCCUGCUAUUCCUCAAGAAGAGGCCAAGGUGGUCAGCAAAAAAAAUAAGUUAAAGCAUUAUCAAGGGGAAAGAUUAAAAAACAUAAGAUCUGUGGCCCAGUUCCAUUAAAACCAUUCCCAGCAUUGUUCAUUGCUCAGGCCUUGCCUCUUGCUGAUCAGCCUCAGCUACUGUCAUGCAUAGUUUUUGUUUUAUGAUUUGUAUAGCACUCAGUCGCCCCCAAAUACAGGGAUGCAGCAGAAAUUGGUUUUCCCAGAGGAAGCUGUUGGUCAUCUCAGCCUGAGUAAUUGCUCUGGGCUUGCUUCUUCCCAGUCCAGAAACAUGUCCAGAAGAGUAUUGUGCAGAAGAAUGGAGCGGAGUCUUCUAUGGCCGUGUCAUUUUCACUUCUAAAUUAUAAAAAAAAAUAAACAUUUUGGAGUUUAACCAUGAAGUGUCCCUCCAGUUCAAAGCCUGAAAUAUAUGUGUCUCAGCUAUCAGAAGUUUAGAAAACACUGAUACCGGUAUAAUUGUAUUCUGCAGGAUUGCUUCAUAAUUUAAAGGGUGCUUUAUUUCAUCAGAUGUGUUAUCUGGUUUGUAGUAUUGUAAGACAGAGAUGGGGAACUGGGGGCCCUCCAGAUCUUCUGCCAUUCAGCUGCCAUCGUCCCUACCAUAUUUGCCAUGUUGACAGGAGCAGGUGGAAGUUGGGAUUCAGCAAUAUCUAAAAGGACUGCAGGUUCCCCAUCCUAAAGAUCUAACAGUAUAUUGGAUGUUCACUGAGCUCCAUCAGUGAGUUAAAAGCUGCGUAGAAAAGAGAGGAUCCAUUUCUGUCAAAGGGGCAUGCAGCCUGCAAUAGACAGGCGUGCACAGCGACUCAUUCAAAAUGCGAACGGCAUGUGCUUUUAUAUUCCUUCAGGUGUGGCAUGUCAAGGAAAUUCUAUGUGGCAGGCAUGUGUUUCACAGGGAGCUACAGAUAAAUAUUCUUCCAAGUGGCAAAUUUGAAACAGGUCCAUGAACUCCCAUCUCACUGGACAAGAAAGACCUGGUUCCAUCUUUUCCCCCUUUGCUAAUUUUGCAACACCCCGGAGGAGCUGGGUCUCUAGUAUGAAUGAUAAGAGAAGAAAGAACUUGGUCCACCAAUAGCCAUCUUGUUACUUCAUCUUUACCCGAUUUACACCAGAAUUUUCCACUGCAGUCUUGAUCUUGGAGGGUGGACGUCAUCUGAGAGGGUGUUGGAUCAUGUAUAAAUAGGCUCUGAGCACAGCCCUAAAUCCCUGUCCUGGGAUAUACCUAGGUGUUGACAAGGUCCCCAACUGUGUCUUGCUAUUUUAAGUGGCUGCUAAAUUGCUUUCUAAACUGACCCCUCUGCAUCUUAGCAAUUAAGAUCCAGGAAGAUACAGUGGAACCUCGGUUUAUGAACACCUCGGUUUAUGAAUUUUCGGUUUAUGAACGCCGCAGGCCCAUCUGGAACGGAUUAAUUCACUUUCCAUUACUUUUAAUGGGAAAGUUCGCUUCAGUUUAUGAACGCUUCAGUUUAUGAACAGACUUCCGGAACCAAUUACACCCAUGUUUCAGUUUAUGAACGCUUCAGUUUAAGUACUUCGCGGACCCGUCUGGAACGGAUUAAUCCACUUUCCAUUACUUUCAAUGGAAAAGUUCGCUUCAGUUUAUGAACGGUUACUCCGCGGACCGUCUGGAACGGAUUAAUCCACUUUCCAUUACUUUCAAUGGGAAAGUUCGCUUCAGUUUAUGAACGCUUCAGUUUAUGAACAGACUUCCGGAACCAAUUGUGUUCAUAAACCGAGGUACCACUGUACCGGUAACUCUGUCACGGUCAGCGAGGGCUCUUCUCACCCAUCACCAAUGUUAUCCAAGCCAGUGGUUCCCAACAGGUGGUCCGGGGACCCCCAGGGGUCCGCGAGCUAUGCCAGAGGGGUCCGCAAGAUGCUAUUAGAAUAAAAAAUAUAUUAAAUAUAUUUCGUAUGAUAACAGAUUUUUUGUUUUGGCCGCUUCCUGCAUGAGCAGAGUCUAGCGCAAAACUAGAAUUAGAUAGAGGCAGUAGUUCUGCUGUAUGCCGUUAGGUGGCGCUUUACAAACACUACUAUUUUGCAAAGAGGCAGCGCGCGCAUUCUACUAACGCUCACCUCCCCAAGAUGCUUUGCGCGCGUCGGCUUCAUUUGUGCGCUACUGCGCAGGUACCCUGUCUUCUCCAUUCCCCUCCCUCCUCCCUGGCACACGCUGCCUCUUUGCAAAACAGUAGUGUUUGUAAACAAAGCGUUGUUUUUCGCGGAAGCUACAGUUCGCGUAGUUAAAAAUGGGCCGUUGGUUAAAAAGUGGUUCGUUAAAACGACAAAGGCCUACAGAUGAAGAGGAAGAACUGUAAAAAAACGUAUAAAUAUAAAAUAUAAAAAGACUCUUAAUUUGGCUCUCACUUUUUAAUUUUAGGAUUAGGAAUUAAUGGGGGUCCUUGUCACAAUAGCGGCUCGAUGAGGGGUCCUCGAGAAAAUUUUGUUGGGAACCCCUCAUCCAAGCUA